UUUUCAACCCUUCUCUUCUCCACCAUCCCCAAAAUCCCCAAUUUCUCUAAACCCUAACCCUAAUUUCAUCCGAUUUCAAUUGGAUAUAGAUCGAAGAAGGAAAAUUAACGAAGAGGAAAAGGAGGAGGAAAUUGGAUCGAAUCCGAAUUCGAUAGUCAGCAUCGGAAGAACGAUGUCUGCUGCUGUGUGCGGAAGCAAGAGAUCUUUCUUCGAAGAACAACUUCCUCCUUCUCCUCCGUUAUCUAAGAGGCUUCGUUGUUCCUCUUCUACUUCUCCGAUUCGUUUUCCGACUAUUCCUUCUCUCUUUGAUCAGCUCCGUAAUCUCUUCCCUCAUAUGGACCAAUUGGUUCUUGAGAGAGCUCUCCAAGAAUGUGACAACGAUCUAGAUGCUGCUAUCAAGAGCCUGAAUGAGCUUUACUUGGGAGCUGCAGGUGGGAAUUCUGGAACUGCUGAAGAAUCUGAGAUUGAUGUCAAUGUGGAUGCAGGUAAAUUGGAGAAUGAUGGGAAUGCUUCUGCUUCUGAGAAUCAAUCUACUUUGAACAGCCUUCCUGCAGAUGGAGCCGAAUGGAUUGACUUUUUUGUUCGAGAAAUGAUGGUUGCUACCAGUGUUGAUGAUGCUAGAGCCCGUGCUGCUAGAAUGCUGGAGGUUCUCGAGAAAUCGAUCAGUGAACGGGCAAGGGCUGAGGCGACAGAUGCUCUUCAGAAGGAAAAUUUGAUGCUGAAGGAGCAAAUCGAAGUGCUGAUUAAGGAGAAAAAUUCUUUUAAAAACGCAUUUAGGAUCCAGCACGAGCGUCUUUCUGAUUAUGAUAAUAAGAAUCAAGAAUUGCAGCAUUUGAAGCAGUUGGCGUCUCAAUACCAGGAGCAGAUCAGAACUCUUGAGAUGAAUAACUAUGCUUUGGCAAUGCAUUUGAAGCAGGCUCAACAGAGCAACGGAUUUCAAGGGCAUUUCCCUCCUGAUAUCUUCUAACUAAAUCAAUGUGUAGAAUGCCAUAAUAAAGGCAGCAACUAGUUGCAUCCAGUUAAUUAUGUUCUCUUUUUAUCACGAAAAGGUCAAGCGUUGUUAUAGUUUGUGUAGCUUCUGGUGCGAGCAUGCUUUCUGUUUCUACUAGUCCAAGAGUGAUUCUAUCCCGUCAACCCGAUAUAGAAUUUGACAGAUUCUUAUCCAUAAGUCAUUCCCAUAUAUAUUGCCUAUUAUUCCGCUUUUAUUUGUUGUCGCUACUGAGUACCCACAAUGUUCAAUAUCAGUUUGAUAUUAUCACUGUUGACUA